UUACAUUUUUCCCCCUUUCCAAAUAAACUAAAAUGUUGGCGACAGAACCUUAAAAUAUAGUUUGAUUUCACACAUUUACUUUCUCACUUUUUCCUCACAGGAUUUACGCACCCUCCAGAUGGAUGCUGUUUAGACACUCUGAAUGCUUUCUGCUUGCUGUCAUCCCGUUAACCGACUUGGAGUCACACAGACACACACACGCACGCGCGCACCGAAAACUGAGGCGCGAUGCGUUUUGACAUGUCACGCGCGCCCGCAAAAAAAAAAAAAAAAAAAGCGCCCGUGACUCAAACGCGCUUAAUCCAGCGGUACGUUGGAUUGGGCGGGAAUAGUCGGGUGAGGAAACACGGGAUUGGGCGGAUGGAAGAGCCAAACUGCUGCUGUGACUCAGAUGAGGAGAUGAAUCCACAUCACUUCACUCCACUUUACCUCAGCUGAGACAACCGGACGGAGUUUCCGUUCGGCGAUCACGGAAAAAGAGAGGUUUUAUGUCCAUAUUAUUGGAAUUAAUAACAGUUUUGGACAAAUAGAAGAUCAUUUAAGAACAUUGUACUAUUUAACUAUGGCUUUCAUGGUAAAACACGUAGUCGGCGGUCAGCUGAAGAAUCUGACAGGAGGUCUGACAGAAGAGAAAUCUGAAGGGGACAAAUCCGAUGCCGCUGCUAAAGGAAUGACACAAGAAGAGUUUGAAGAGUACCAACAACAGCUAGAGGAGGAAAAGCAGGAGCGAGACGCCAAUUUUGCCCAGAAGAAGGCGGAGAGGGCGACGAUCAGGACUCACUUCAGAGACAAAUACAGGUUGCCAAAGAACGAGUUGGACGAGACUCAGAUCCAGGCGGCGCGAGACGAUGUCGAGCUCCCCACUGAACUGGCCAAGAUGAUCGCCGAAGACAACCAGGAAGAGGAGCAGAAGCAGUCCGUCCUGGGUCAGCUGACCAACAUCCAGAACGUGGACAUGGGUCAUCUGAAGGGCAAAGCUCAGGCCACACUGGAGGACCUGAAGAACUCUGCGGAGAAGUGCUGCGUCAUGUGAUCUCCUCAUCUCUGUGUCUCUCCAAACACACGCUGCCGUGUCCGACGACAAACAUCCGUAUCCAUAUAUCCAGUGUGACGUGUAGCUUUCAUGAUGCUAAUGUAGUUCUAGGAGUUUAAAUGUCAUCAAAUAUAGACCCCCCGCUCUGAGAAUCUCACGCUCAGGUCGCAUUUCACCUCACGGAAAAAAGUAUAUUUUGCAUCAAUCAUGUUCUCAUGAAAAUAAUGUCACAAUGCAAAAAAUAUGCAAGUAUAAUUUCUUGACUUUGGGGUGAAAUACGACCCUGACCUGCUCCGGUCUGAACGCAUUAGCGGCGGGUUUAUCACAGCAAUAGCGUAACGAGAACGACUCGUCUGUAUGAAGGGCUUAUGGGAGCAGGAAUGGAGGUAGAACCCGGAUCAUCCACACAAACACCUUGACCUUUCACCUUGACCCCUGAUGUCAUUGACCUUUCAUUGAGUGGUGCUGUUUUGUGCAGGUGGUUUGGUGUCGUCGUUGUUCCCUCUUAUGGAGAGUCAAAAUAAUGAUGUGAAAUGCUCUGCUGUUGAGGUGAGAGAGUCUGAAUGGAGGAUCUCAUGUUUCGUGUCUUUUGAAUGAAGUCAUGCUGGGAUUGAUUUGGGUUUUGAGUGAAGAAGCAAUAAUCUGCUUCCAUCUCGUGAUGUUUGCGAAUCAACAUAAAGCAAUAUUAGCAUCUCUGACCUACAGGACAGAGCUGAUAAAAAAGGUUGAAUUUUAUUUUACCCAUAAGAUUAUUGUAUAUUUAUUUCUUUAUUAAUGGCAAGAGUGGUGUUUGUUUUACUUAUGCCCUCGAUAGUUGUUUCCGCUGCAUAAGUUACGUAAUUACCAAUGUAAUGCAUUCAUGUAAUUAUUCUGCUGUAAUUUCCAGACCUGCUGAUUUUUGACUGUUGAAAGUGUAAUAAAUAUAUUUGUACAAAGAU